UCCAUGACUAAUGGCACAAAUCCGAAUAAUUAUGUCGACCAUCGCAGUGUUGAUCGUUGCUAAGUGCAAAGCAGAGCUAACUCACUAGAGAUCGGGAAUUAAUAUCAAAUCCCCUGAGAAAUGAGUUAUGAAAUGUUAUUCCAAACACAAUAUUAGAUUAGAAAGCGCAUUAGUGCGUAAGAUAAACACCCCUCGGAUCGUUGAAACGAAACAUUUUCGAUAUUGAGCGCAGUUCUCGCAGAGAGUUCAACCGAUCCACACGAUUUGAGUACAACACCAAAAUACUGAACCAAAAUUCGAAGUCAUAUCAGUCCAGAAUAAUUAACACGGCACAAUGACCAACGCCAGCUGAAGAAGACGCAGUCGGAUUAUUGGCCCCCGGAACCCGUAGUCUAGAGUCCCAUCGCCGAGGAGUGGAAGUGGUCACCAUGCGGCGUCCGAAGAUAUCCCUCAAGAAGUACUUCUACCUAACUCUGAUCUGCGCCCUCCUCCUCAUAUUCGGUUUCAGUCUCAAAGAGCGCGAAAUAUGGAAGACGCUGAGUCCACGAUCGUCGCAGAUAACCACACAGCAACAGCAGCACCAGCAUCUGCAUCAACUACAGUCCAUGGACGAGGAGCACAUGAUGGCCACCAGCUCCACUCCCCCGUCAGUGGCGGCCACCUUACUGCCCGAAAUGGCGGAUAAUCUCGUCGAGCAGCCGGAACAGGCGGUUCUGGAGGAGGAGGAAAACGAGGCGGAUCGCAUGCAAGAGCCGCCGGCGGAAAAGGCCUGGUUCUUCAAGAACGGAGAGUACUAUCCAAAACCGGCCAGGACCUACAGCAAUCGCAAGGCCAGGAAGCGUCAUGCCCCCCGAUUGCUGCCCCAUCAGGAUCCCUAUUCCGAUCGUAUUAUUAACCAGCUCAUGUACGUGCCGCACAACUACGAGGAGAUCAAAUCCAGCGGCAAGCUGAAGACCAUCCUCGUCUACAAUGGAUUGGGUCCGUGGAACGUUAAGAAGGGUCGCGACGUCUUCCUGAAAGCCAAGUGUCCCGUGGACACCUGCGAACUGACUGCCAAUCGCGAUCUGGCCGGCACGGCCGACAUGAUCCUCUACAAGGACCACUACAUCCCCACGGGCAUUCGGCGGCCCAGCAACUCCAAGCAGGUGUCCAUGCUCUACUAUCUGGAGUGCCCGUACCACACGCAGAAUGUCAAGGUGCCCGAUGCCAUCAACUGGACGGCCACCUACAGGCGGGACAGCACAAUUGUAGCACCCUAUGAAAAGUGGCAGUACUACGACACAAAGGUGCAGCAGCAGGAGCAGGAUAUCAAUUACUCCGUCAACAAGACCAAGAAAGUGGCCUGGUUUGUGUCCAACUGUGGAGCGAGGAACGGCCGGCUCCAGUAUGCCCAUGAACUGCAGAAAUAUAUCGAGGUUGACAUCUAUGGGGCGUGUGGCAACUUCAAGUGCUCCCGCAGCACGGCGGACAAGUGCUUCGAGAUCCUGGACAACGACUACAAGUUCUACCUGGCGUUCGAGAACUCCAACUGCAAGGACUACAUCACGGAGAAGUUCUUCGUGAACGCGCUGAACAGGAGGGUUCUGCCCAUCGUCAUGGGCGCCCGGCCAGAGGACUACGAGGUGAGUGCGCCGCGCAGGUCCUACAUCCACGUGGACGAGUUCUCCUCGCCCAAGGAGCUGGCCGAGUAUCUGCGCAUCCUGGACCACGACGACGAGCUGUACAACUCGUACUUCAAGUGGAAGGGCACCGGGGAGUUCAUCAACACGUACUACUGGUGUCGCGUGUGUGCCACGCUCCAUAACGAGGAGCAACUGAGGAAGCCCCGGUGGUACACCGACGUCAACGACUGGUGGCGGGGACCCGGCGUCUGCACGACGAGAUCCUGGCGCAACUUCAAGGCACGCAAGGACGUCAUUAGCGACUCCAGCGACGACUGAGUCCAGGUUUUAGAUGCGAUCCAGAUUGUGGGCAUGGGCAAUGGGUAGAUCAAGUGGCAUUAUCAUUCAUCAGUGAGUCAUUCGCUUCUGAAUUGUUGUUUCGUAGGCAUCACCUUCUCCACUUUCACUAUCACUAUCCACAGGAUGGGUCCCUUCUGAUUUGGAAAGUACAAUGGUGCAAUAGUUAGUCUUAAACCAAAAUCUAUAGUUUGAGGAAUGAAUAAUGGCCAAAUAUUAUAUUAUUUAACUGAUUUGCUGAUUACUUCUAAGCUAAUUCUACAAAAAGUUAAUAGCUAAAGUUAUUAACCAAAUUCCAAGCUUUCUAGUCCCAAAUGUUUUUGAGAAGACCGAAAUCCUUCGACCCAUCCUUCGCUAAACCGUGUGUAAAGAGUCGCUUCGUUUUUGCCGGAGUUUUACGUAAAUGUUUUUUGUAGUUAGUUGGUAAGUAAACCUAAACCAUGAAUCAAAUGAAACCGAGGAGGCAUGAGGUCGGCGGCGACUAAAAGGUUUCCCUGCCGACCGUUGUAACAUAUACAAUACCAGAUGCGUAAGAGAACUUAGGAACCUAGUCUAGUUAUAUAUGGAUAUACAAGUGCUAUGUAUACAUAGUUCGGUAAUUUAUAGUUGUUUAAACUAAAAGCAAGUCCAAAAUAGACCGUAAUGAGUAAAAGACAGGCCAGUUAAAGUAGUUCGACAUUAAAAAGCUUAACUAAAAUGAGAAGAGGCAUCAGCUAUAUAGAUUAGAUCUUUUGUAAGUGUUUUUGUAAGCAACCAGCAAAUAAUGGCUCGACCUGAAAUAAGUUGCCUGUUAUUAGAGCGCACUUUCUUUUCAAGGUUUUACUUUCUGUUUUAGGCAUUAUCUAGUCCGGCUUUCAGUUGAAAUGUUAGCUGUUGAGAGCUACUUGUAAAGGUUUCCCAGCCUGUUGACAAACUACUAACUUUAUAACCGAUUCGCACAAGCUAACAUAUAUCUGAUAUAAUACAAAUACAAUCUGCAUUCCUAUUUUUCAUAAAAUAUCAUAUGGCGUAUUAUUUUAAUUCGA